AUGAAGACGGCAAAGCCUCUCCCUGCCGAGGCUGUCGCUGGUGCUGGUGCCGGCGCCGGCGCCGCCUCUGCUCAGACCAGCCGCCGCCAGCCAGCCCGUCAAGCUCGCAGCAACCCCCCGCGAUCCUCGUUGCCCGUCGGCGCUGGCCGCGACCCCCAUGGCCUCGACCAACCCAUCGACAUCUUCCCCGGCAUAACCCAUUUUACCGAUGCCAUCACCUCGCUUCCCAAAGACCUUGUCCGCCACUUCACCCUGCUGAAGGAGGUGGACGCCAAGAUCUUCGCCCCGGAGGACAAGCUCUUCCAGCUGGUCGAGGAAGCUCUCAGUUCCAACCCUCCCGAGCCACGUCUUGCUCUACCCUCCACCUCUGCCCAGGACACGGCCAGCAGCAUCGCGCCCACAUCGGCCCCCAUGAGCGCCCAGAAUAGCUCGGCCGGCUUCACCACCAAUGGAAGCCUGCCCGGGGCGCCGUCGACCGACCAGAACUACAACGCGACCGUCUACGACCCGGCCAACAUCCCCCGCCGCCAGCUGUUCCGCGAGACGGCCUUCAAGAUCCAAGAGAUGCUCGUGUCGCUUGAAGAGAAGAACCACGUCAUGACGACAGCCAAUGAAGCUCUGUCCAAACAUCUUGCCCGCAUCGACAACGUUUGGCCACAUCUCGAGGGAGAGUUCAGCGACGAGGCCAAAUGGGGCAGUAACACGCAUUGGGCCUACCCGGAGAACAGGAUCAGCAGGGCGAACGCCGCAGAGCGCUCGCGACGGGACGGCGCUUCGGCCAUCACAGCUGCGGCGCAACAGCUCGCCGAAGAGGCCGCUGCUCGAACCGAGGCCCGGAAGCAAGCAGUCGCUGAGAAGCGAAGGAUCAAGAAUCAACAGCAGGACUCAGACGCCGACGCCGAUCACGAGAAGAAGGCCGAGCCUUCGAGGAAGCAGGGAAAUAGCACCAAGUCACGAAAGACAGCCGACACAAGCACGCCCGUGGGCCUCGGCAUCACAGCAGACACACCCGCAGCUAGCGCUAACCCGCCGCAGAAGAAACGCAAGGUCGACAAGGAGAAGGCAACUGCCAAUGGCGGCCAGCCCAUGGAGCGGGCUAUGAGCAGUGUCUUCGGAAACAACAAUGCGUCCAAGGCCAAAACUUCGAGCCCUCGAACUACGCCGGCACCAGAAGCCGGCCAGAAGAAGCGCAAGGCAUUACCCACGGUCAACGGCAGUCAGCCGAAGAAGAGCAAAAAUGCCAUGUCUACGGCCCUCUCUCCAUCUAUCGUUUCUUCUCCUAUCCUACCCAACUUCGACCCCAAGGCUCUGAGCCGUGCGUCUCCUGCGCCAUCGGUUGCCCCUGCUCGCCCAGCAACUUCUCGGGCCCGCAACAACUCGACCGCCUCGGUGUUGGAGGGCGCCAGACCACGUCCAUCCUCAUCUGCAUCAAAUCGGCCAAAUGGAGCUGCACCUCCCCCUAUACCAGAGAGCGCUCCGCCCCAGAAUGGCCCUCGAGCCAAUACGGAGCCCAAGGCUGCAACAAAGGAGACUCCUGUGCCCGUCAAGGUCGAGAAUCCACCCAAAGAAGUCACACCACAACCUAGCGCUCCCGCCAACCCUGCUCCAAGCGGAAGCAGAAAGAACUCGGUCGUCAAAGAAGAUGCCGAACCCAAAGGCGAGCCGGUACAGAGCACGCCACAGACAGUGACCACCACAGUUGUGACUACCAAGAGUGGGCGGGCUAGCAAGCCUUCAACCCCUGCUCUAGGAGGAUUCCCAGAAGCCGCCAGGUCUAGGUCCUCGCGGAAUGCACAGGCGGGGGGUGCAAAGCGCAGCCACAAGAAGGGGGGUUCCGUGCAAGUUACCCUACCUGCCCCUCCAACCGUUGACGAAGACGCAACUGGCAGCACUCACGGCGACGAGGAAGGCGAGAUCGACGCCAACGAGCCUCGAUAUUGCUACUGCAACGGCGUAUCAUAUGGCGAAAUGGUGGCCUGUGAUGCGGAUGACUGCGAGAAGGAGUGGUUCCACCUGGGCUGUGUUGGCCUAAGGUCAGCGCCCAGUUCUAGCACAAAAUGGUACUGUGACAACUGCAAGAUCCGUAUGAAGAACGGGGGCAAGAAGGCGAACGGGAGGUAG